AUUUUUCUUUGAUAAUAAUAUUACAUAUUUAUAAAUUGAAAGCAUAUAAAUUUCUUUCUUGUGUAAUUAUUUGUUCGGGAAUACUUUAGUUGAUUUCAAAUUACUAUUAUGUUUAUAUUCAUGGUUUGAGCGUAUGAAGGAUCUCUGGAAUUGAUGUGAACAACAUAGUGAUGGCAAGUGUUGUGCUGAAGUUGCUGAGUACCAAAAUGUGUCAGAUGUGUAUUCUACCUCGAGCCCAACUGUUGCGUCCAGGGCUGCUGGGAUGGGUCGCAUCUCUAGACUACAGCAUGGACCAGGGGCAAAAACCCCAGGAACUACUGCAGAGUAUGCUGCAAAAGAAGAAGCAACACUUCAAGGAGAGUGGGCAGAUACUGCUCAAGGACAUCAAGGAAACUCGUGACAAAGUAAAGGAGAAGAUGGAAGAGAUCGUUGAGCGAGAGAAUGUGCUGACCAUCCCCAAUUUGCUGUGCAUCUCACGGAUUGUCAUUUCACCAUUCCUGGGAUACCUCAUCUUGCAGUCUGAAUACCACCUGGCACUUGGGGUGUUUGUGUUUGCCGGCAUUACAGACUUGGUGGACGGGUGGAUUGCCCGUAAUUUUGAGAGCCAGGCAUCCAAAAUGGGUAGCUUCCUGGACCCUAUGGCUGACAAGGUUCUGAUAGCAACACUGUUUCUCUCUCUCACAUACAUGGACUUGAUACCAGUGGUUCUGACGGGUGCUAUCAUAACAAGAGACCUGUUCCUUGUAGGAGCCGCCUUCUACGUCCGCUACAAGUCAUUACCCCCCCCUAGAACGCUGAGCCGGUACUUUGACGUGACGCAUGCAACGGCCCAGCUCUCCCCAACAGCCAUAAGCAAGUGGAAUACAGGUAUGCAGCUGCUGCUGGUUGCAACCACUCUGGCAGCCCCAGUGUUCAGCUGUGUGGACCAUCCUGCCCUGCAUGCCAUGUGGUAUGCAACUGCUGGUACAACAUUAGCAUCUGCAGUGAGCUACCUCAUCUCAAAGAAUACCUACAGGUUCCUGAAGCCAAAGAAAUAAGUUGGGUGACUGUUAAAGAUCAAAAGAUUUGUAUUUUAUACACUGUGUUAGAGAAAUAAAUGAUAUAGCAGUGUAAUAUUAACAAA